GUCUAACUUGACGUGAAUAUGGCGGCAAAGGAGACUGUAAACAGUUAUCAAGUGAGCGUUGAAUCUGUUGUGAACGGCUGGCUAGUGGAUUAUUACUUCUUUUUGGCGGUAGAGUUCUUUAAAAAUGAACAAUACGAGGAUUUCGGUGCCAUUAUAGAUAUACUCGACUGUAUUAUGGCGCGCCCUUUGGAGUCCACGGAUGACAUCGCAAUGAAAUUUCGAGUGUUGCAGUUUAUCUCCCGGAUAAAUGAGGGUGAAAACCUUGGUGUUUCAUUUGAAAUGGAUGUGUCAUCAACUCCUCUGGAAUCAGCCUUAAUGUUACUGGAAAAAAUAAGCCAGGAAUUCAGUAUCCCACAGCAGGAGUAUGAAAAGGUGUCCUCUUCUCUUAAAGAUAUGAUUGUGGGGAUUUUCAUCAAAAACAGUAAGUUUGAGAAAGCAGAAGAGGUGCUGAUGAAACACUUUCCUCCCAAAAAUAUUGGAAAGAGAGCAACAUUCAUGGGUCUCAUCAGGAAAAAGAAUAAGAUUCAUGAAGUCAUUGAGCAAAUCAACUUUCAGCACUUCAAGGAGGAGAUGCUUGCGUUUUGCCUGAGGAUCUGCCACUUCAGCCUUCCUCUUCUUCAUAAGGCUGCAAAACGUAUCAUUGAAAGAACCCCUGUGGAUCAAGACAGCACAACAACUGAAAGUGAUGAACAAGCUGAACCUCAGCCAUGCUCUAGUUCACAAAUAGCCACUGUCCAGUUUGUACCAUGUACACAUUCACUUAUCCCGAAGACCAGGCUAGAAGCGGCCUACAAAUCCCUGGCCACAGGUUUAAAUAAAAAAACAUUUGCUCAGUUGGAGGAAGAAGUAGACAGAGAGGAGCUGGAAAAAGAAAAUUUUUGCGAACAGCUUUCCAUGACAUCAGAGAGGUGCACAAGUGUGGACUUGGAGGAACUGUUAUUUCAGAGAGACUCAGGAGGCCCUAUGGAAGCUUCCCCAGCAGACCAACCAACACAAGCAAAUGCCAUUCCUCCAAUUUGGGCAGAUUUACACUUUAAGAAUCCGAUUGUGCUGUGUAAAAGAGAGAACUACACUGUGUCUCGGCUGGUGGUGGAACCAGACAGUCAGGCAAGUUCACGCUGCACAACCGCUUUAGAGGAACUGGAACCUGAGGUCAGAAGGAAAAAAACACCACAGACACUGUCUGCAUCUAAUGAAAAAGACCGUCAGUGUCGGGGAAGAGACAAAAAAGGUGCCACGCCCACCCAAAAGAGCUGCAUUCAAGCCAACAGAACUCGCACCAGGAAUCAGGAUAAUAUGGACGUCAGCCGUACCACAUCCUCUUCAGUGGAGAGCUCACCAAGUGAGUCACCUUCUCAUCCUGUCCGACAAACAACCUCCACUCCUCACAAGGACUCUGGUCAAAAGAAAAGUCCUCGUCUUUUAAAAUGGAAGCGACUGUACCAUGAUGCACAGGAGAGCAAGGGCGGCGAAGAGUCGUAUGUUACCCCUAACAAGAGCGGCUCAGACAUGAGCACCAAUUCAAAUUCAGGCCAAAGGAAAAGGAAAUGGACAGAGAGUGAGACGCAGAAGUUAAAAGACGGGGUCAAAAAAUUUGGAGAGGGCAACUGGUGUAAGAUAAAGGAACACUACGGCUUCAAAGAUCGAACAAAUGUCAACCUGAAGGACAGGUGGAGAACAAUGAAGAAGUCAAAUAUCGUCUGACUCACCAAUGUCAUUUUAUCCCAUCUCCAUUUAUUUAUUUUUGUUUCUUAAGCAAGUUAUUGAUAAUUUUAAAAAUUUGUUUAUAGAUUUGGUAAAUGUUCAGUGUCCACGGCUCAAAGAUUGUUUUGUUUUGAGGAAGGGAUAAAAUGUUACUGUAUCUUUAUGUUACUGUAAUGUUACUUUCAUUUGUGUUUCACGGGGUCCUAGAGGAUUACAAGACAUGACUCAUACGUCCCUUUAGUGAACAAGGACAAAAUUCAAGGUCUCUCUUCUUCCCCCCCCCACCCAUAUAAUCCUAAAUUUAAGUGACAUUAAUUAGCUUUUUAAAUUGGAUCCAUUCUGUAUGCUAUUGUGACUACAUGGCACUGAAGAAAACGAGUCUCCCCAUCAGGAUGCUACGCAAAUGUUGAUUAAUUCCACAUUGUGAUCAGUGCGGAUACAAUUUAGUAUAUACAGAGUAGCUUUAAAAGUCAAAAAUUUCUCUCAGUCUUGUGAUCUCAGAAAAGCAGAACAGACCUUUUAAUUAAAGAUAUGACAGCAGCAAAAUAUCCAUUUAGCUGAGAUCUACAGGUAUAUUUUCCCCCAAACAAACUAUCGAUAAAAAGAAUGAAUGGAGCAACCUUUUGUGUGUGUGUGUCAGGUCUGAUGCAGUGAAAUAGAUAUAAAAAAUAAGCCCAGGGAAUUUAAAAAUCCUUUCCUGUUUACAAGCACAAACCCAUAUUGAGACAUACAUUUUAUCAUUCAGUCCCUAUUAAAAAUAAUGAUGAACAUGAACAAAGUUCUGCUAUGACAUUACUGUUGGUAAUUCUGGGUAAAUAUAGGUGCCCCUUAAUGUUCUUUAUUCUUCACUUACAGUAUUAAUAGCUUCCAUUGUUUUUUCUCUUCAGUAAAUAUAGUGAGAUUCCAGAAGUGACACUGCAAAAUAAAACACGUUUCCUUUUCUCCACUUCUCCGAUAACUGUCUCACUUUCAUAUUCUGUGAAACCGUUCUUUGCUGUCAUUUUCAUUUAUGCGUGUAGUCCAAUUAAACCCGUGUAGACUGAAAUAUCAGUGAGCUACCUUAAAAUGAAGAUUUAAGUAGGAGAGUAGUGAAAUGUAGCAGAUGGAAAAAAUUAUAUAUACCAAAAGAACUGCGUUAAUAAUGCCUUUACAAUGUAAACAUGUUACUUUCUGCUACUGUACUUUUUUUUUUUUUUUUUUUAUCCAAAUACAUUUCUUUCUAAACAAUACCAAUUAUUUUUAGGCUUUAAUUUUUAUUUUUUGGCCCAUAAAUUGCAUUAUUAUCAUUCAAGCUCCCCAGGAAAAUAAAUGAGGCGUUAUUAAAAUGUCACAACGGUUUUAA